UGCACUGCAGCAUCCAGCAGGUUCUGUCUCUCUGCAUCCUGUUCUCUUGCGCCUGCUCGCCGCUCUCUCUCUCUCUCUCUCUCUCUCUAUCAUUCCACUGCUCUCCAUCCAGAGUGUCCGUGCAUCCGUCUCUCCCGGCACAGAAUCUCUCUCUGUAUUCCUCUCUCUUGUCAUCUGAAACUUUCAGCAUAUAGACAGACACCCGCAUCCCUUGCAAAUUCUGCCAGGCCCAGUUCGUCUGCAGAGCACCAUCGUCAAACUCAACGUCCAGGAUGGAUGUUCUAAUGAAAGGAUUCUCCAUGGCCAAGGAAGGAGUGGUGGCCGCCGCUGAGAAAACUAAAGCUGGAGUUGAAGAGGCAGCUCUCAGGACCAAAGAAGGGGUCAUGUAUGUGGGUAACAAGACAAAAGAGGGAGUGGUGUCAGGCGUAAACACAGUUGCCCAGAGGACCACAGACCAGGCGAAUAUUGUCGGUGAAACAGCGGUAGGCAGCACUAAUGAAGUUGGACAGAAGACAGUAGAGGGACUGGAGAAUGUGGCUGCAUCAACCGGCCUGGUCAACCCGGAUGAGGCUUUAUAUGAGGGUGACUUCUCUCAUGGGGGCAUGGAAGGAGGAGACGGUGGAGAGGGUUAUUAGUCCAGAGGCCUGAAGCUGAAACGGUCCCCUCUCUUCCCCCUGAGUUUCUGCUCCAAAGCCUCACCCCUUCCAGACUCCAGAUGUUGCUGAUAUUUUUUUGUGACUGUAUGGAAAACCAGAGUUGAAAAAGACUUUCCCUGAGCCCUGUAGCCGUUAGAUGUGUGACGCUUCCCCUCCUCUCCAUCCGUGGUGUCGUCAUGCUGUUCUCUAGUGUUACUGUCAUUCCUCUUCCCAUCCACACCUCAUCGAAAACACACACACACUCAUACAUACACA